AUGAGUGAAAACAAGUGUGUCGCCAGGUCUUCGUCUCUUGAAGGGCCGCAAAAAUUAGGGUGGAACAAGAUGUCUGCUUUUAGGUUGAAAAACAAAAUCAUUUUGAUUACCGGAGCUUCCUCAGGUAUAGGUUUUGCUAUCGCCGAACAGUUUGCCAAACAAUCAGAUGGAGAAAUCAAACUGAUUUUAGGCGCUAGAAGGGUGGAGAAGCUUGAUCUCCUCAAGGAAAAACUAGUGCAGAAAUACAAGAACAUUGAUAUUCUGAUUAAGUUCUUAGAUGUUUCAAAUUCAGAACAUAUAGAUUCGUUCUGGGAGAGCUUGCCAGAUAGGUGGGCAGAUGUUGAUAUUUUGGUAAACAACGCUGGUAAAGCACUUGGUCAAAAUUUUGUUGGCGAAAUUUCCGAAGAGGACAUAAACGAGUGCUUCCAGACCAAUGUAGUAGGAAUGAUAUCUAUGACCCAACAUGCAUUGAAAGGAAUGCAAAUGAGAAAUAAGGGGGAUAUUGUACAAGUUGGGUCUAUCGCUGGUAGGGAAACAUAUCCUUCAGGCAGCAUUUAUUGUAGCACAAAGUUUGCCUUGAAUGCGUUCACCUCUUCACUCAGAAAGGAACUCACGGCUACGAAAAUUAGAGUGAUUGAAGUUGCUCCCGGAAACACGAAAACCGAGUUUGCCCAGGUACGCUUCGGCGGCGACCUGGAAAAGUCAAGUAAGGUGUAUGAAGGCACAGUUCCUUUAGACCCCACUGACGUUGCAGAGAUUGCUGUCUUCGCGUGUUCAAGACCCGAAAAUGUAGUCCUUUCUGAAGCUGUUAUAAUGGCAACGAAUCAGGCAGGUCCAAGUCAUAUUCACCGCUGUUUGUAG